UCGUGUAAACCCCCAAUUCAUAUCGAUUUUCAAGCGCGCGUUGACGCAUGUCCCUUUAGUUGUCUUCCUUGUGUCAGCAACGCGUGUUGGAGCCGGAGAAACUGCUUUUCAGCCUUAUUUGUAAUAGCUGGACGUCUGUUUAGAGAUUGAGAAAUGAGUUCAGGAUAUCAGUUAAGGGGGACUCGUGUAUAUGUAGGUGGUCUCAGUGAUGGAAUCAAGAAGGAAGACUUGGAGUCAGAAUUUGAGAAAUAUGGGAAGUUGAACAGUGUAUGGGUUGCAUUCAAUCCCCCUGGCUUUGCCUUCAUAGAGUUUGCCAAUGAAGAUGAAGCAGAAACGGCCUGCGAUAAUUUGAAUGGCUCUGAUUUGUUAGGGUCUAAAUUGAGAGUGGAGAUUUCCCGAGGUCGGCGUGGUGGUGGGAGAAGCUUCCGGGGUAGCCGAGGUGGAGGAAGGGGUUUCUUUCCAAGAGGAGGUGGUAGGGGUGGUUACGGUGGUGAUAGGGGAGGUUUCCGUGGGGGCCGCGGUGGAAGG